AUGCUUUUCACCUCUGUCAUAACCCUCGCUCUCAUCCCCCUCACCCUCGCGGUCCCCGCCCCUCUCGUCGCCCGCGCUCCCCCGAACAUCCCCACCACCGCCGCCGCCAAGACCGCGCUCGCCGGCCUCACCGUCGCCGCUCAGGGCUCCCAAACUGGCUACUCCCGCGCUCUCUUCCCCCACUGGAUCACCAUCUCCGGCACCUGCAACACCCGCGAGACCGUCCUCAAGCGUGAUGGCACCGGUGUCGUGACCGACAGUGCUUGCGCUUCCACCAGCGGCACCUGGCUCAGCCCUUACGAUGGCGCCACCUGGACCGCUGCCAGCGACGUCGACAUCGACCACUUGGUGCCCCUGAGCAAUGCGUGGAAGUCUGGUGCUGCUUCGUGGACCACCCCCCAGAGACAGGGUUUCGCCAACGAUCUCGUCAACCCCCAGCUGCUGGCUGUUACGGAUACUGUCAACCAGGCCAAGGGCGACAAGGGACCUGAGGACUGGAAGCCAUCUUUGACCUCUUACCACUGCAUCUACGCCAAGAUGUGGGUCAAGGUCAAGAGCGUCUACGAUCUUACCAUCACCACUGCUGAGAAGGCUGCCUUGACCACUAUGUUGGCCACGUGCUAGAGAGCCAACUUGUGGAUGUAUUGUAGAACUUCAGCGUUGGUAGCGAUCUAUAACGUAGAAUAGUAGGGCCAAAAACAGUGAUCUCAGAAUGCAUAUCAGUUAAUCUAGCUACUGUAAUUAUUUCUAUAUAG